UCAUAGCUUUAACCAAUGAAUAAGAAAAUAUUUUCUUUCAAAAAACAAAAAAAACAUAUUAUAAGAAAACACACACAAAGAGAAACCAAGCAAAAAGGUUGUCCUCUUUGUUAGCCGUUUUCUCUAUCGAUUUGCGGAGUCUCUCUCUUUUUCUUUUUUUUCCUUUUUCUUUCUUGUAUUUCUCAGUGUAUGAAGUGACGAUCUUUGAGGUUUUCUUUUGGAUUUUACAUCAAUGGAAGCCAUUUAGAUAAGGCGGGAAAAUCUGAACCAGACCAUUCUUUCAUAAAAGGGGAAUUUCUUUUCCCAUUCGAUCAUGGCGGUUGCUGAGAAUGACGGGUCGAAAAUCGGGUCAUCGGGUCAAAAUUUGGUGCCGGUUGACACCGAUACGGUGAACGAUUCCGGUAAACCGAAAACCAAAUCCGAUUCCGUGACUGUUACUAAGACUACCGAGGAACCACCACCAGCAGCAGGAGAAGCCAUCAACGGCGAUGGGUUCAACGAAAACAACCACCACCACCACCAGCAGAUGGCUACAAUGACCGAUAAGCUUAAUGGGUUUACCAGUGUUCAAAAUGGGGGUAAUAAUGGUGAAAUUCUCAAGAAAAACAUCACUGAUUUGGUUGAAAUUUUGUCUAAGCUUAACCCCAUGGCUGAAGAAUUUAUACCCCCUUCCCUUAUCAAUCAUCAUCAGCAACAACAUAAUCUUAAUGAUAACCAGUUUCUGGAAAAUGGGUUUGGAUUUAGGGCUGAAAAUACUAAUAGAAGGAAAAGGACUUACUUUAGCCAAGGGAAGAGAAGGUUGAAUAAUCGAACCAGCAUUGCGCAGCGAGAGGAUGCGAUUCGAAAAACUGUAUACGUAUCCGAUAUCGAUCUACAGGUUACUGAGGAGCUUCUUGCUGGUCUUUUUCUAAGUUGCGGACCGGUUGUUGAUUGUCGUAUAUGCGGUGAUCCUAAUUCUGUUCUCCGCUUUGCGUUUGUCGAGUUCUAUAAAGAAGAGGAUGCAAAGGCUGCUUUGAAUUUGUCCGGCACCAUCCUUGGUUAUUACCCUCUAAAAGUGAUGCCUUCCAAGACUGCCAUUGCGCCUGUUAACCCAACUUUUUUACCUAGGUCUGAGGACGAGCGGGAAAUGUGCACGAGGACCAUUUACUGUACAAACAUCGACAAGAAGAUUACUCAAGCUGAUGUCAAGCUCUUCUUCGAAUCAGUUUGCGGGGAGGUUCAACGAUUGAGGCUAUUGGGAGACUAUCAUCAUUCAACUCGAAUUGCUUUUGUUGAGUUCACAUUGGCUGAUAGUGCGAUCGCAGCCCUCAACUGCAGUGGUGCAGUUUUGGGAUCACUGCCCAUAAGGGUGAGUCCAUCAAAGACACCUGUUCGUCCCCGUGCUCCUCGUUCCGCCCUGGGCUGAACCACCCUCGCCGGUUUCUUUCUCCUGGAACUGAUCAACUGCCAAUAUAUAUACAUAUUUACUCAUACAUGCAUACAUACAGCAGUACAUUUGAGGUACUUUCGGCGUUAAUGUAAUCAUCUUGUCCUUGCAUCAUUGUUACUUAUAUAUGGGGUUAAUCGUGGUCGGUUUCUUGAGCUCGUAGAUGAGGUUUUUGAUAGACAUGGAUGUUAAUUUUAUGUUGCUUGUUACAAUGCACCCCUCUUUAAGGAUGAUCCCUAAAGACAGAUUGCUCGGACAUAGCUAACAUCUGGUAAUGUUAAACUAGACUAUCUUAUGUUCUUCA